UCUCUUUGCCACUCUCAUCACAGGCCAAGACUUCCAUCCAAGAAUCGCAGAGGAUUUGCCAAAUGUAGCAACCAAAAUGGCAAUAAUGGCGACAAGAACAAAACUAACAAGUCUUCUUUCUUCUCUUGUUAAUAAUAAAAGUAACAAAAUCCUGAUUUCCGCAAAAUCCGGAACUCGCUCUUCUGGAUUCGCCCUGCAUUCGUCGUCCGCUGCUGCUGCGGAUCCGGAUGUCGUUGGGGCGAGAGGAGUUGGGUUGCAGAUAAUGGGAGUGAAAGAUUAUGAGGAUUAUAGGAGGUCUUUGUAUGGUGAAAUUACUCAUAAGGCUUUGCUUGUUGAUGCUGUUGGUACACUUGUUGUUCCUUCGCAGCCCAUGGCCCAGAUAUAUAGAAAGAUAGGAGAGAAGUAUGGAGUGGAGUACUCGGAGGAUGAGAUACUGUACAGAUAUAGAAGGGCUUAUGAGCAGCCUUGGGGUAGAUCUCGGCUCAGAUAUGUAAAUGAUGGAAGACCUUUCUGGCAAUUCAUAGUCAGUUCUUCUACUGGUUGCUCAGAUUCUCAGUACUUUGAAGAACUUUAUAACUACUAUACCACUGAAAAGGCUUGGCACCUCUGUGAUCCUGAUGCUGAGAAAGUAUUCAAGGCUAUUAGAAAGGCAGGUGUAAAGUUGGCUGUUGUGUCUAAUUUUGACACUCGACUUAGACCUCUUUUGCAGGCUUUAAAUUGUGAUCAUUGGUUUGAUGCUGUGGCAGUUUCAGCUGAAGUUGCUGCAGAGAAGCCAAAUCCAACAAUAUUUCUAAAAGCCUGUGAGAUAUUGGGAGUAAAACCUGAGGAUGCUGUGCAUGUAGGUGAUGAUCGUAGGAAUGAUAUAUGGGGUGCAAGAGAUGCAGGCUGUGAUGCUUGGCUCUGGGGAAGUGAUGUCCACUCCUUUAAGGAGGUUGCACAGAUGAUAGGGGUGAAGGUUUGAGGGCGUUUUCUUUUGCAGCAUGUUGGAUGUUUUAAUAUGUACAGGUGUACUGUAGCUCUUAGGAAGAGGUUGUGGAUACUGGUCUGGCUUUAUCUUGUAGAGGGGAGAGCCGAGGCCAUGACUAGUGUGAGAACAAAAAAGAUAGAAUAAAGGUCGUGAGGAAUGAUCUAGCUA